AUGGAGGACGGGGAGGCGGAGGAGGCGCAGCGGGACGCGAUCACGGCGAGGAUGCGGGCCCAGGACUACGCGGGCGCGAGGGCGCUGCUGCUGCGGACGCUGCAGACGAACCCCAGGCUGGAGGGCGCCCUGGAAAUGCUCCCGGUGCUCGAGGUCCUCUGCUGCGCCGCCGGCAGCGCGGCCAGCGGCCGUGGGGGUGUGGACUGGUACAGGGUCCUCCAGGUGCUUCCCGGGGAUGACGCGGCCAGGAUCGAGGCGCGGUACAAGAGCAUCGUGGCCCAGGUGGAGCCGGCCAUGGGGGCUCUGCCCGGCGCCGAAUUGGCCCUCAAGCUCGUGGACGAGGCGUACACGGUGCUCUCUGAUCCCGAGAAGCGAGAGGGGUUCGAUUCAAGCAACGUUUUCAGUCGGUUCGUCCGGUCUGGUGUUGUUGAUGCGCCAGCGCACGGUGGUACACUCGUCCGUACUGACAGGGUGAACAGUCUCCACACAAAGGAGAUUAGGGCGGCAGAUGGUACUAGCAAUGCAGCCUCACAUAUCAACCGCGCCGCGGACAGGCCAUACUUUGAUGGAAGGGGUCCCCUUCUUUCAAAUGUGGCAAGUUCUUCCGGGACUAAGAGGAUGGAUCCUUGCUUUCUUGGUGAUGACAGCGAGUUGCAGUCACCUGACGGCACUCAUGUUGACAAGAGGCAAAAGAGUGUCUGUGAAAAGGAUGUUUAUUGCAUGUCGCCCUCACAGGAAGAUUGGAAUGCCUGCUUUGAUGAUCCAUCACCUGCCAUGGAAGAAGAUUUGGAUGCCUGCUUUGAUGAUCCAUAUGGCGUUAAAGAAGAUGAUCUCUGCAGUAGUAAGCAGUAUGAAUACCAUAACUUUGAGGAAGAUAGAGCGAUCGAGAAUUUUGCUGCUGGCCAGGUUUGGGCAGCAUAUGACUGGGAGAGGUUUCCUCGUAGAUAUGCACUGAUUGUUAAAGUACUGACGGAUAAGAUGCAGUUAUAUGUCUCAUGGUUCAAGCCCUGUCCGCAAACUCCUGAAGAGAAAAAAUGGUCCCAUGCAGGCUUGCCAUUGAUUUGUGGAACUUUCAUUGCAGAAGAACACUGUAUCUCAUUAACAUGUUCAACUAUGUUCUGUCACCAAAUUUUCAGCGACAACCUGAAUCAACAUCUUGAAGUGCAUCCCCAGGAAGGUGAGGUAUGGGCCAUUUAUAGUAAUUGGGAUAUUGGGUGGUACACUGAUCCUAGGAUGUGGAAGAAUAGUGCCUUCUCUAUUGUUGAAAUUCUUACCAGUUAUUCUAGUGAAUCAGGAUGCACUGUUGCACAUUUGGUAAAGGUAGAUGGGAAUGGAAGUGUUUUCCAGAGGCACUUCAAGACUGGAACAGAGCACUUGUUACACAUACACAGGGACAAUCUGAUCAUGUUCUCUCACAGGAUCCCUUCUUUCAGAUUUACUCCUGAGGCCGGAACUAUGUUCGAGCUGGAACAUUCCGCGGUACCAGAAAAUAUUCACCAAGAAAAUACAUCAGCGUGUGUUUCUCAUUUUUCUGAGCUUUCAGGUUUGCAUGAUGACACAAAUGGCUUCCCUGAAACUACUGUUGCAAAAUUCUCAAAUCCUUCAUCAACAAGCAAAAUGGAAGCAGGUUCCCCAAUGCAAGCCAUGAUGAGCUACAAUACCAAGUGGGCCCCCAAGGAUUUUCUAGAGGGUCAAAUAUGGGCUGUGUUUGAUUCUCGGGACAGGAUGCCUAGGUCUUAUGUCAGGAUUAUCCAUGUGGUUUCAUAUACUUCAGUUUUUGUUUUGAAGUUGGAACCUCACCCUAUGCUUAAUGAAGAGAUACAGUGGGUUGAAGAUGGUCUACCAGUUGCUUCUGGGGUAUUUCGCGCUGGUACUGAAACUACUUACAAGGAUAUCUGGGAAUUCUCACACCCUGUAGAGUGUGACUGGAGUGCAAAAAGGUCUUUUUACCGAAUUUUCCCCCAAAAAGGGGAAAUAUGGGCAAUGCUAAAAAAUUGGAAGAUCACCUUGAAUAGCACUGACAUUGACAAAUGUGAACCUCGCAUGGUUGAGAUCCUCUCAGACUACUCUGAUGAAAAUGGAGUAAAUGUGUGCAGCUUGGCUCGGGUAAAAAGUUGCUUUACCAUUUUUCAUAGGGUAGUAAUGGAAGAUUUCCAUUUGACAAGGUGGAUUCCAAGGUCUGAAAUGCUCAGCUUUUCCCAUCGUGUUCCUGCUUUUGUGAUUGUUGAUAUCAAAGAUCAUGAUAUACCAAAAGGGUCAUGGCAUCUGGAACCAAGUGCCCUUCCUACAAGGAUCAUACAUUAA